AUGGCCGUCCGACGACAAAAGAGCUUCAGAUCGGAGGCGACGUUUGAUACGAAUCGCCGCUCCUUUCUGCUUUCUGGGGAAGACACCGACAUUUUAAAUGCUGUUGGGACACUAGCAGAGUUACCAGACUUCGAGUUCUCCGGGCGACGCUGGCGACGAAUCGUCGAUGUCGGCGCGGCAAAAAUGGACUCGGUCAAAAGCAAGCUCGACGGACAAACGGUCUCCGUCUCAUUUCAGCAAAAAAUGACCAUUGCCGACAAAAACGGCCAUGAUCGCGAGAUCGUCUCCACCAGCAAUAACACCUUCGACCUUCCACCAAACACAAUUUCCAACACUGUAAAGGCCUCCCUUGCCCCUGGAAAAGUGACUGUAACUGGCGAAGUCUCUCAAUUCAAAUCAGAAAUCACCUUCGUGCCCAAGUAA